AGAGCGCACACGGCCUGAUGGCAAGGAUACUUCAGGAUGCCAACAGCCGACAUAGGAAGUGAAAAGAGCAGCUACAACAACAACAACGACUACUCACUUCUUCAAGUGGGAAAAUUUUCAUCGAGUAAUAUUAUUUCGUUUGUUAUAAGGACGACUCGUACAAUAGCUUUUUCGUUUUCGCUGUCGGUUUGUGCAAGUUUUAGUUGCAUUUGUAUGGCGGCGUUGUGUGGAAGGAUUUCAGUAGAAACGACCAGUAAAAAUAUAUCGUGUUGAAUGUAAAGAACAGUUCUUAUUCGGACGCGAUUCCAAUAACAUCGUUUUUCAUUUGAAUUAGCUUAAAAAUAUGCGGAUUUUUUUGUUUUAAUAAAUUCAUACGAAUAGUGUUUUUUUAGAAUAUCAAUUAAAAAAAUAUAAAAUAAAAAACAAAAAACAGUUGACAAAAUAUUUCUAAUUUUAAAUGGCUGGACCAUUUUUAUCGCCUUUGCCUGGGGAUUUACUAACCGAAUAUAUGUUUGGUAGAAGGCGCCAAAGAAGAAACCGCACAACAUUUACACCACAACAAUUACAAGAAUUGGAGGCCCUGUUUCAAAAGACACACUAUCCUGAUGUCUUUUUGCGCGAGGAAGUUGCACUUCGAAUAAGUUUAAGUGAGGCGCGAGUCCAGGUUUGGUUUCAAAACCGAAGAGCCAAAUGGCGGAAGCAGGCUCGUCUUCAAUUGUUACAAGAUGCAUGGAGAAUGCGUUGCCUUAGCCUUGGUUCACCACCAGUUAUCGUUGGAGGUGGUCGUGGCGCCAAUAACAAUUCUAACGAAUCAACAAGUGCCAGCCAACAACAAAUACCAGAAAACCUAUCUAGUUCGGAAAAAUCAAAUCUACCCCCACAACCACCGCCAAAUAAUUCCACAGGGCCCUCUGAUAAUGCUGGCUCGGCAGAUGUUCAACAGCAUCACUUUACGAUGAUGCAUCCAGCAUUUCAGAAUCAAAACAGAACAAUAGACCGAAAUCCAGAAGCUCCCGGUGGUGGUGACGGUGGUGUCAUAGGAGAAUUCAACAACUGCGAGAAGACCUAUACAGAAUUAAAAAUGUAUAAAGACCGAAACGGUCAUGCAUCCCUCGAUGCAUUGCGAAAUCACAACAUGAAUGGAAUGGGCUGCGAGGCACGUGCUGGCAGUCUGAGUAAUUGCUCCGAUACCGAUGGUUCUGACUCAGAAGAAAUCGACCUAACGUCGGGAGCAUGUAUUGAUUUUUCAAAUAACAAUAAAGCUACGAAUGGCUUACAUUAGACAUGUGAUUUGAAUAGAAAUGAUUAGGAUUCUUCGUAUUCGAUCGUAUUGAUAAAACAAAGUAAUUCCAAAAGCACUUGUGAAUAAAUGAAAACAAUUAUAAUUAUUAUUAUCUAUUUAAACUCUUGCAUUUUAGAUUUAAUUAUUUAGCUGUAUAGAUUUAUAAA